CAAAACAAGAUGUUGAAGUGGCUGCUUCUGCUAGCUUGUUUGACGUCGGUCUUUGGAGGGAAGUUCCAAGUCGAGGGUGAGAAAAAUGUCGUGAAGUCGGCCGGUAGUGAGGAUCACCCGCAGGAGCUCGGUGACUCGCCCAACCUUGGCGAAAUUCUGAAGAAAUGUCGCAAAGAGAACCCAGACUCUUCCCCAGAGAUACUGAAGCGAUGCCUCAGGAAGCACGGGGCUCCAUCGGGGAGAGAGCGGGGAGGAAAGGGCUCUAUGGCACGGAGCGGGGAGGCAUCAUGCGGAAAACUCUACAAACUGAAAAAAGGAGCAAAGAAAACCUUCCGAGUCAUAGGGAUGGAGGACUCAUGUGAAGCUUUCUUUGAGCCAAAAGGAAAAGCGAAGCUGGAAUUGGUUUGCAAAAAGUUCAGUCUCUCGAGUUGCAAACAAGAAAUUUUUGUCGUUGCUGACCAAAACUCCGAGGACACGUAUUGCGAUAACAAUAAACCAAGCAAGAGAACGGGGUUAGACUACUUACAACUCACGUACUUGAAAGUCGGUGACACCAGCGAUAGGCCAAAUAUCUUGUGUACAGUCAAAGGCGUUAAGGUGAGUACAGAAGCUCACAUAUGA